AUGUGCUCCAUUGCGCUUCGCGUCACAGCGUGUGCCAUGCUUCUGCAUCUCUCGCAGGUGACUCCCGGUCUAUCCUGCACUUUCACCCUAUUCAAGGGUGCACAAAUGACCAACGUCAACCUUAGUCAAUCUUUGAACUACUAUUACGACGAUGUUACCUUGGAAGAUUGUUUCAAGGAAUGCCACGAGAAGUCAGACUGCAAGGGCUUCGCUUUCAAACAAGAUGCCAGCCUUUGCGGGAUCAUCGUUCCUGGAGAGGACGUGGUAUCACGAGACGGUUUCAUUCAGUGGGAAAUCUACACGUUCGAUCGAAACGUGUCCAUCGCGACUUGUCCAACAGUGAAAGAGUGGAUCGCGCAACAAACAAAGGACGGAAAU